GAUCUGGUGAGAAGCCUCCUGCAAAAAGCCACCCGGCUUCCUGGACAUCUUCAGCUGCGCUGGGAAAGCAGCAGAGCGCUAAUCCAAAAGUAAAUGAGGAACUUAGAAAAAGGUUGCCAACUCCAAAUCAACACAGUUAUACAGAAUCAAAAAAGAAGAAGCUUACAGCUUCAUUUGAGGACUUUUGUAAGGCACUCACUGUUCUAGCUCUGCAAUCUUGGAGCAAAAACCAGAGUGAGUGCCAGAUCAAACAAGUUCAGAAGUACAAAUGGAGGACUGGUCAAAAGAAAUCUGUAAUCUGGAACAGCAAAGAGAAGACUUUUGUCCGAAAUUUCAGCUUUAUCCAAGUUCUUCAAGAAGCCUACAACCACAAAAUGAAUUGGUCAUCCAAGGCAAUGUUGAAGCAAUGAACCUGUCAGAUUUGCCAACAGCCAUCUCACUCAGCAUUCAGAGUACUAGCACCCAGAAUGUGUGUCUAGAUCAUGUUAUUGCCCCUUGUACUGCUGAAGAAUCAAGUAUUACAGAAAAACAAGGGAGAAUGCUCUCUGACUUUAUGACUUCUUGGAAGGAGACUGGAGACCUAGAUAAAGAGAUGAAUAUCGCAUUCCUUUUGAAAGAAUUGGAUGCUGUAAGGGCAAAGAAUAAAAAGCUUCAGGAUAAGCUGUCUGAAAAAGACAAGGAGCUGAAGACAAUAAAGCUGGACUUAGAACUGCAAGAGAGAGCUACAGAAGCUAAGAUUGCAGAAAAGACUGCAGCACUCGUGGAAGAAGUUUAUACUGCUCAACGAGAACGUGAUGAAGCUGUCAUGGCUAGACUUAAGUUAGCCAAUGAAGAGCGAGAUGAAGCACUUCUUCGAGCCAAGCAUUUGGAGCAGUCUCUUAAAGAGCUAGAAAAUAUUAACCCUGAAGAAAAUGACAUGACAUUACAGGAAUUACUGAACAGAAUAAACAAUGCAGACACAGGGAUAGCUAUUCAGAAGAAUGGAGCUAUAAUUGUGGAUCGAAUACACAGGACCAAGGAGCGUAGAAAGAAAAUAACAGCUGAGGAAAUGAAUGCAGUGAUUGAAGAACGGGAUGCUGCUUUGUCUCAAUGCAAACGGCUGGUGCAGGAGCUUCAUCAUCUGAAAGAGCAGAACCAGACUUCAGCAAACAACACGAGACAUCUGACUGCUGAAAACAAUCAAGAACGUGCUCUGAAGGCAAAGUUGCUAGCUAUACAACAAGAGAGAGAGACUGCUGUUCAACAGAAUAAAAAACUAGAAGAAGAAAUUCAGACGCUACGUGUUUAUUACAGUUUACACAAAUCUCUGUCCCAAGAAGUGAGUCUUAAGGAUCAGUUUAAGUGUACUCUUAGUACAUAUGAAGAUGCACUGAAAAGCAGCGAGGAUAUUGUAACCAUCACACAUCGCCAAAAUGAGCAGCUAGCUACCCAACUGCAGCAAGCCCAAACAGAGCGAACAAACAUGGAAUUAAAGCUUCAGCAAGCUUUAGAAGCGUCACAAGAGGCCAACGAAAAAGUUCAAACGAUUGUAAAAGAUCUGCCACUUGAUCUGUUGAACACUGACAUCUCCCGCUCUUUCUGUCUACUGCCUCUUACUCAUCAUGGAAUGUGUCAGAACUGUUGGGUUUGGGAGAGGCAUUAA